AUGGCGAUGAAGCUUCAGGCGUUGCGGCAUGGGUUCGAGAACCUUAUCAUCAAGAGUAAUGAGGGGUUCAGGAUGCUCGACGACACCAUUUUAGAAGCCAUGGUGGUUGGAAAAGUCCUGAGAAGUAUGGGAGCUAAAUACAAUCACGUAGUUACUGCCAUCGAGGAAUCAAGGAACAUCACCAAGCUCACCUUGGACGAGCUCAUAGGGUCUCUAUCUUCUCAUGAAGCGCGCUUGAUUAGCCAAGCUGAUCAAGGGGAUGAGAAGGCUCUUCAUGUCAUAAAUGAACCAUCUACAUUGAAGGAAGCGAACAGGACUCCAUCUAGAGGUCGAGGAAGAGGCUCAUUCAGAGGAACUGGACGAGGGAGAGGAAAAGAAAGGGGAGCAUAA